GCGGAAAGGAUCCAGACUCCAAGGUCUGCGGUACUAAAGCGGCUCACGGGCAAGGGCGGGGCAUUCCGAACCCUUGCAAUGCCUGCACCCCAGCGUCCUUCCAUUCCCACCCAUCCUGUCUGCCCUAACCGCGGCUUCACUAUGCCCAUGGCUAUCUCCUUCUAAGACUUUCCAAAUUCACAGCAGUUUACACACGAAGAUUUCUCCCAAAGAAUGCAGAAGGAAAUAGACUGAGAAGGAUGGGACUCGAACCCAGGUCUCCCCCGGCACCCUAUCUCUGCACAUUUCCGAUUCAGCCAGCCCUUACAGUCUGAUGGCGCCUCGGCCGCUGUCCGAGCCCCGCCCCGUGGGUUCGCACGUGGCCCCCGCCUGACCCAGCGCCUGGGGGCGGAGUAGGGCGGGGCGGGCGGCAAACGCAGCACUUUCACGGUUUGGACAAGCCCGCAGCGGCCGGGCCGAGCGCUGAGCCCGGCCAGACUGCGCCAUGCAGGAAGCGCCAGCCGCGCUGCCCACGGAACCAGGCCCCAGCCCCGUGCCUGCCUUCCUCGGCAAGCUAUGGGCGCUGGUGGGCGACCCAGGCACCGACCACCUGAUCCGCUGGAGCCCGGUGAGGGCCGGGGCCCCUCGACACCCCCAGUGGUCCCCGGGGUCCCUCCAAGUCAGUGAACAUCCACGCCCACCCAGCCUGGGACUCCGCCUGGGACUGAGCUGUGGGUCCCUCGAUUCUGCAGUACAGAGCGGGACCAGCUUCCUCGUAAGCGAUCAGAGCCGCUUCGCCAAGGAAGUUCUGCCCCAGUAUUUCAAGCACAGCAACAUGGCGAGCUUUGUGCGCCAACUCAACAUGUAUGGUUUUCGGAAGGUGGUGAGCAUCGAGCAGGGUGGCCUACUCAGGCCGGAGCGCGACCACGUCGAGUUCCAGCACCCGAGCUUCGUACGCGGCCGAGAACAGCUACUGGAGCGAGUGCGGCGCAAGGUACCCGCGCUGCGAGGUGACGACAGUCGCUGGCGCCCAGAAGACCUGGGGCGGCUGCUGGGUGAGAUGCAGGCUUUGCGGGGAGUGCAAGAGAGCACCGAGGCGCGGCUGCAGGAGCUCAGGCAGCAGAAUGAGAUCUUAUGGCGAGAGUUGGUGACACUGAGGCAGAGCCACGGUCAGCAGCACCAGAUCAUCGGCAAGCUGAUCCAGUGCCUCUUUGGGCCACUUCAGACAGGACCCAGCAGUGCAGGAACAAAGAGAAAGCUGUCCCUAAUGCUGGAUGAAGGGAGCUUAUGCCCAACACCUGCCAAAUUCAACACCUGUCCCCUUCCUGGUGCCCUCCUACAGGACCCUUUCUUUAUUCAGUCGCCCUUCCCCGAGACUACCUUGGGCCUCAGCCCUCACAGGGCCAGAGGCCCCAUCAUCUCUGACAUCCCAGAAGACUCUCCAUCCCCAGAAGGGCCCAGGCCUUCUUCUAAUGGUGGCAGGAGGGAGAAGGGCCUGGCACUGCUCAAAGAAGAGCCAGCCAGUCCAGGGGGGGAUGGCGAGGCCGGGCUGGCCCUGGCCCCAAACGAGUGUGACUUCUGCGUGACAGACCCCCCACCGCUGCCUGUGGCUGUGGUGAAGGCCAUCCUGGAAGGGAAAGGAAGCUUCAGCCCUGAGGGCCCCAAGAGUGCCCAACAGUCUGAACCGAGAGGCCCCAGGGAGGUGCCUGACAGGGGGCCUCUGGACCUGGAGCAGGGGAACCGGAGCCCAGAAAGUCAGCUACCUCCAACUCUGCUUCGGCCUCCCCCUGAGGGGGUAGAGCCUGCAGUGCCCAUGGAUGUGCUGGGCUCCAGCCUUCAAGGGCGAGAAUGGUCCCUCUUGGACUUAGACAUGGCACUGUCCCUGGUGCAGCCCUUGGUUCCCGAGAGGGGUGAGGCUGAACUGGCAGUCAAAGGGCUAAAUUCUCCAAGUCCAGGAAAGGACUCCACACUGGGGACUCCACUCCUGUUGGAUGUCCAGGCAGAUUUGGGAGGCCCAACCCUUGCUGUGCCAGGGGCUUUAGCCAUUUACAGCACCCCUGAGAGCUGGGCCUCCUACCUGGGCCCAGGGGCCAGUCCCUCCCCCUGAGACCCACACAGCUCUGAAGCACCCUGCCUGAGGAACCAUCCUGCAACAGCAUAUCCACUUCGGCUUCCUGAUGCCCCCUGGGGGGGAGGGUGAGCGAAGCCCCCUCUACUGGCAGCCUCUCUCCUUUUACCCCACAUAUAAACUGCAUUUUUUUCCUGUU